UCCAUCCUAAGAUUCACCACCACCAAGCGCCGCAGUCAUGACGAGGGUGCAGCAGCGCUCGCCGGGCUUUCUGGUCCUCUUCCUGGUGGUCCUCAUCGCUGGGAUAGUUUUGUCUGGUCCCUCAACCCCACGCAGGAGCAGAGUCCGACGCCAGAACAUGAAGGUCCGCAUCAACGCAACAGGUGACACCAUAGUGAUGAAGUUUGUACGUCCCAACACCGACACCAAGCUGGAGGGUUACAUCCUGGGCUACGGCAGCAGCAUGUUCUCCAAACAGUUCAUUCAACUACCAGAGAACGGGAAGCCUUACGAGACCGAGUUUGACGCCGAGCCAAAGUAUCUUAUCGCCGUGCAGCCUAUCCCAACCAACGAUGUCAAAAAGCACUGCACAGGGAAAGUGGAAAUGGAUAAGCCACUCCACCUGGUUAUUGGCUCAGUGACGCCCACCUCAGUUUUACUCUCCUGGGGGACCCUACUGAAGACCCCCUACGAAGGGAAUAUCAUGAACGACUGUCUCGAGGAUGGACACUACACAGUGCGUUACCGAGAGAGGAACAGGAAGUGGAACUACCAGACCUGCCCGACAAGCGACACAGUCAUUGACAGGCUCAAGCCCAAUGCCGUUUACGAGUUUGGCGUCCAGCCCAGCUCUAAGGACAAGAUUGGAUCGUGGAGCAAGCCUGUUAUCCACAACAUCAGCUCUGGGGUCGUUCAAGAGAAAGUCAUCAGGAAAAUCUUCAAACGUCCCAUCACCCCUGUGAAACCCCUAGCACAAGGUCCUCACUUCCCCUUUACUCCUCGCCAUGUUCUUCAUAAUAGGACACAGGGCAGACUACCUCUCUCCCGCCACAUAACCCCAAAGACAACUCUUGCUCCCACCACAACUACUAGACAGGAACCUCUGUCUACCACUGGAUCCCCAGCACCUGUGACUACCAAACAGCAAAUUGGAGGAGGCCUACCGCAAUCUGUCAUUCCUCUUUUCCACGAGGUCCCCUCAGUUCCUAAUUUCCCACUUCCACUUCAGAUUUCACCUCCAGCAGUUUCUGCACCAGUCCCUAAGCAAAAUAGCGGACAAUCCCCAAAUCAUGCCCCACGUCUAUUAAAUCUUCAUCAACUGCCAACACAAUCCAAGCCCAGACCCCAACAACCCCAAACAGGUUCUCAACCAAAACCCCAGUCUGAUCAGUUAAGAUUCAAGCCCGUAGUUCAACACGAGCCAUAUCCAGAUCUCGAGCAGCAUGCUACAACACAUAACCCAAGUCCAACACAUUAUCAAACAUCACAACCGAUACCCCAAGCAAAUCCUCAGUCAGAAACCAGAUCAAUACCCAAGAUGCAGACAAAAUUGAAAACCCAGACGGAUCCACAACCCCUGUCACAGCCUCAAACACAUGAUCAAACAUCACAACCUAUACCCCAAGCAAAACCUCAGUCAGAAACCAGAUCAACACCCAAGAUGCAGACAAACUUGAAAACUCAGACAGAUCCACAACCCCUACCACAGCCUCAAAGACAUGAUCAAACAUCCCAACCUAUGCCCCAAGCAAAACCUCAGUCAGAAACCAGAUCAACACCCAAGAUGCAGACAAAAUUGAAAACCCAGACAGAUCCAACACCUCGAUCACAGCCUCAAAGACAUGAUCAAACAUCCCAACCUAUGCCCCAAGUAAAACCUCAGUCAGAAACCAGAUCAACACUCAAGAUGCAGACAAAAUUGAAAACCCAGACAGAUCCACAACCCCGAUCACAGCCUCAACGACAUGAUCAAACAUCACAACCUAUACCCCAAGCAAAACCUCAGUCAGAAACCAGAUCAACACGCAAGAUGCAGACAAAAUUGAAAACUCAGAGAGAUCCACAACCCCUAUCACAGCGUCAAACCACAAGUCAGCCUAAACCACCAAAUCAUCCAAUCACACAGCUCAUACAACCAACGCAGUUAAUAAGCAGGCCUGGAUUUGAGGCCCGUCCAAAACUGCCUCAACCAACAAAGCAACAUCAACCUCAAAGACAACAAGUUCAAACAAUUCCUUACAUCCUGCCUAAACAACCAGCUCAAUCUUCAACUGAGCCACAAAUCAAAACAAUUAAAACACAAUCUGAAUCAAAAGUCCAUUUUGAGACAAUAUCCCAACCUCUACAGAAAACCCCUCGAGCGCCUUGGCCAAGCACUAAGGAAGAGUUUAAAGUGCUUAAACAACCAGCCCAAUCUGCAACUGAGCCACGAAUCAAAACGAUUCAAACACAAUCUGAACCAGACACAACACUCCAACACUUCAUUCUACAUAAAACCUCUCGAGAGCCUUGGCCAAGCACUGAGAAACAGUUUACAGUUCAAUCAACACUCAAACCAAGGACUAGUUCUUCAACCUCCACGACGCACCCUCUACUGAAGAGAACAUCCCAGCCAGAAGCACACUCACAAACAAAAACACAACCAAGUGAGCCAGCCAAGUCUCAAAAACAACCGACCAAAAACAAUGACCAACCACAACCUUUAGAUAGAACCCAGUCACAGCCUCAGUCUCCUCUUUGGUCAGACCCUCUACCCCAAAGGAAACCUGCUUCCCAAGUCCCACCAACUACACAAAAUCAGCCCCACUAUGAAUCCCAAACCAAGGUAAAUCCUGCACCAGAGUCCAAGGCAGAAGCACAGCCUGGAAUUGAGAUUCAGCCUCGAGUCACGAGUCACUCUGGCCCUAUUGAGGUCCCACCCUUGCAGGCAGUUUCCACUGCUCCUAGUCCACCGGAGAAGGGAAAGCCUCUGCCAAUCCCAGCCCCGGCUGCAGAGAAGUCUGAUAGUAACAAUCUUGGUACCAUCAACCGGAGAGCCGAGGCCCCUCGCUCCCCCGCUCGCUCCUCGGCUAUUCCGUCUGGAAGAAACACAACAUUUUCACGCGUGCGGCUUCCUCCUCACUUCCCUCGCAAUGGUGUCAGACCAUUGCCCACCUCCUCCCACAGCUCCAGGAUCUCUGGGGCGCAUCAUAGGAGCAAUGCUCUCCCUAAACCUGGAGCAUGGCCCAAAGAGAAACCUGUUCUGCGCCAAACCAUUCCCGUUAACAAGAGACCCAACCUGGUGGGGAUGCCUAAUGACCAUGAUAAACCCAUGGACCUCAAACAAGGCGACAAGGAGUCCAUCUUGAAACCUUUCCCUCUGGUCACAUCCAAGCCUAAGCACGAACGUCGGCAGCAGACAACCACAACUACUCCGUCAUUAAACAGCAGCCGCUUUGACGUGAAUGAAAAUUCCUCCAUCUUCAGGCCCCUGCCUGCAUCCGAUGUGGACAUUAUGGGCAAGAAGCGCUAUGUGGCUCCUCACGUCGUCUACAAGACCGAUAAGAAGCCAGACGAGCCGUGUUCGAUCACGUCCUCCCUGAGUUACUUCCCAGACGAGGAGGACGGCAGCGAUCAGAACGUGACGGCUGCCCCCCGAAUCCCACCCACCAACCUCACCGUGGUCACAGUCGAAGGGUGUCCGUCUUUUGUCAUACUCGACUGGCAGAAAACCGAUAAUGAAACCAGAGAAUAUGAGGUCGUAUCAACAGCUAAAGGACCCAAUGGAGAAAAAGUGUCCAUAUUGACGACAACAAACCAGACACACACGGCAGUGGAGAAUCUAAAACCAGAAAGCAGUUACGAAUUCAAAGUGACACCCAAGAACGAGCUGGGAACGGGACCUUCCAGUGAACCUGUGUCGUUCAACACAGAGUCAGCUGACCCACGAGUGAGUGAAAAUGUAUCGGGAAAAGACGCCAUCUGGACGCAAUUCCCAUUUAAGACGGACGGCUACUCGGAAUGCAAUGGGAAGCAAUAUAUAAAGAGGACGUGGUACCGAAAGUUUGUGGGCAUCCAGCUGUGCAACUCCCUGCGAUAUAAGAUCUACCUUAGUGACUCGCUCAAUGGGAAGUUCUACAAUAUCGGGGAUCAAUCAGGUUACGGUGAGGACCACUGCCAGUUUGUGGACUCCUUCCUAGACGGGCGGACUGGGACACAACUGUUUGCUCACCAGUUACCUCCCAGGGAAGGUUACUUCCGGGCGCUGAGACAAGAGCCGGUUACCUUCGGUGAAAUUGGCGGCAAGUCGCAUGUGACUUACGUGGGCUGGUACGAAUGCGGCACGCCCAUUCCCGGCAAGUGGUAACACCUCCAGGCAGUCCAGAAGAAAGUCUGGAAAACAAGUACCAAAGGUGUCUAACGUGAAGGGACUUUCCUGUCACCAUAAACCAGUGGUGGAGAACCUUUCUCCACCCAUUUAGAUACUUAGGGCCAUAGUAAAUUCAUAAAAAAAAAAACACGACUGAGCAAAUGUCUAUUAUUAUAUAUUAUUAGCAUUUGUUGGUUGGAUGUUCCGCUGAGGAUUUGUUUUUAGAAUUAUAUGGCAGGCUGGAUGAAAUGUUCUUGCAGCCCCUGCCAUAGACACUGUAGAUUGGUGGUAUGGGGGGGGGUGUCUAAGGUUUCUACAAGGUAUGAAAGGGUUCAGGAAACAAAUCGUUGAUGUUGUAAAAGUGUCAAAAUGGAUGCAUGAGUGGUUAAUUAUAAUGUUAAUUAUACCGUCAUUGUUCUGAAAAUUGUUGGGAAGCUGGCUCCCAAAAUGUAUGAUACUAUUUAUCAAGGGGUCGUUACAAGAUUAUAGCGCAUGCUUGUACAUUCCAGAGGAUAUAUACUUGCAUGGCUACACACACACACACACACACACCCACACACCAUUUCUAUGCAGAAACAAAGUGCCACUCAUAUAAUGAUUGUACAUUUGUAUUAUGUAAAAUACAAGCAGAUAUGACACAUGCGAGACCGACAGUUUGCUGUUCCUGAGGAAUUGCUAGCAGUUGCAGAUUGCACAGUACUAUACUUUUGUUUAUAUAUAUGUGUAUGUAUAUGGAGUGAUUUUUUUUUGUCUACCAGGGAUAGUUGGAAGAAAGAAAAAGUGCAACAUGUUUGGAAAUCAGCUUCUAUGAUGUAGUUUUGAAUACUAACCUUUUUUCCAAUGCGGCUGUUUGAUAGAAAUAUUUGUGGAAACAUUUUGCAAACUGUACAUAAUUUUCAAAUUAUUUCUUACAAAUACUUUUGUGUUGCAACAUAUCAACUGUUAUUGAGCAAUAAAUCUGGUUUUGAUAUUAA